UAUACGCGUGCAUACUUUAACCACAUUUGAGGCGUUAAUUCAACUGUCAAGAUGAACGUUGUCACCGCUUUGAAGUUUUAUAUAACGAGGAUGACAGAAGACAGCGGUCCUGGUAUGAAAGUUCUGCUAAUGGAUAAACAAACGACAAGUAUAGUCAGCCUGCUGUACAGUCAGUCUGAGAUAUUGAUGAAAGAAGUAUACCUGUUUGAACGGAUAGACACCGCUGCGCAUAAUGACACAUUGAAACAUUUGACAUGCAUAGUAUUUGUAAGACCGACAAAGGAAAAUAUCGAUUUGCUUUGUAAGGAGCUCAGAUACCCCAAAUAUGGAGUAUAUUAUAUUUAUUUCAGUAACAUUAUUGCAAAAGCUGAUAUAAAACUUUUGGCAGAAAGCGACGAGCGAGAGGUGGUCAGGGAGGUGCAUGAAUUCUAUGCGGAUUAUCUAGCAAUUAAUCCACACUUAUUUUCGCUUGGAAUAAAUGCCUGCUCCGAAGGAUUGACUUGGGAUCCAGUACAUUUACACAGAACUGUCCAAGGAAUUACUUCUGUUUUGUUAUCACUAAAAAAAUGCCCAUAUAUUAGAUAUCAACACAGUUCAGAUAUGGCAAAAAGAUUAGCAGAGAAGAUAAGAGAAGUGCUCAGUAAAGAAUCGAAUUCUUUUGAAUUCAGACAGGAAUCUAAUCCUCUCCUUCUGAUAAUUGAUAGGAGAGAUGAUCCUGUCACUCCGUUAUUGAAUCAGUGGACAUAUCAAGCAAUGGUACACGAAUUAUUAACGAUUAAUAAUAAUCGAGUCAACUUAUCUCACGUAAAAGGCAUUUCAAAAGAAUUGAAAGAAGUUGUUCUAAGUGCAGAACAUGAUGACUUUUAUGCAAAUAACUUGUAUCUAAACUUUGGAGAAAUAGGACAAACGAUAAAAGAAUUAAUGGAUGAAUUUCAAAAGAAAGCAAAAAAGCAUCAAAAGGUUGAAAGCAUAGCUGAUAUGAAGCACUUCGUAGAAACGUAUCCGCUUUUCAAGAAACUUUCUGGUACCGUAUCGAAACAUGUUACAGUAGUCGGAGAGCUUUCAUCUCUUGUGGAAAAACACAAUUUGUUAGAAGUAUCAGAAUUGGAACAAGAACUGAGUUGCCAAACCGAUCAUUCCUCGCAACUGCAGAAGAUAAAAGCACUUAUCAGCAAUCAAAAGAUACGAGAUGUGGAUACUGUUCGACUCGUCAUGCUUUAUGCGCUGCAUUAUGAAAAAUAUGCGAGCAAUGAUAUAAAUGGUUUAGUAGAAUUACUUAAGAAGAGGAAUGUUUCAGACAAAUAUAUUAAGCUUGUAUAUAAUAUACUAGAAUAUAGUGGUGUUAACACAAGACAGAGUAAUUUAUUUGAUAGAGAAGCAGUUGCUAAAAUAACCAAAAAAUUAUUCAAAGGAUUAAGUGGAGUAGAUAAUAUAUACACGCAACACUGUCCUUUAAUAAAUGAAACGUUAGAGGACUUGAUCAAAGGAAGAUUAAGUACGCAGGCAUUUCCAUAUCUCGGUAACAUGAUAAUGUCACGAAGACCUCAAGAUACAAUAAUAUUCAUGAUUGGAGGUACAACUUAUGAAGAAAGUUUGGCUGUUUAUAAUUUAAAUAAACAAAAUCCGGGUAUAAAAAUUAUUCUAGGUGGUACCACCAUACACAAUUUUAAAAGUUUCGCGGAAGAAGUGCACCAUGCCACGAGUGGUAUUUUAAUGCGAUAUAAAAUCGGAAAAAAUUAAUAAUGUUGAUAUAUGUUAUAUUCCAAA